GGGGAUGACAUGCGUGUAGUCUGCAACACCGCAAGAGCAGCACGGGCUGUCUCUGCUCCUAGUUUACGAUCUAAUGAUCCGGGACACUUAAAAGGGAAAUUUAAAGGCAUAGGCAAAGGUUCCCAAGUGGCACAUGAAGGGCGUCUCUGACAUCACAUUGCGCCUCGUCAUAUACAUCCCGAGCACCACCUCCUCUUCAUCCAUCCUCGACAGCUUGUAGUCAUUCUUGCAAUCUCUCACCGAGUGCAAGAAGGCAGGGGCGGAUCAAGGUUUUUUUUUUUUUACGUAGGCUAAUAAACUGCUAGUUUUCCACCCAGAGGAGGAGGGGGUUGGGACACUAUUGCCUUUACGCCUCACUACGCGUGUGCAGCUGUUGCAGGACAGGAGCUCCGUUUCUUAGCACUGCACCGGGGCAUUUCGCCGUUCAGAGCAGAGUCUCCCGUGAUUGUUCGCCAGCUAUGUCCGAGGCAGGAGCGUCCGAAGUCGGGGCAAGGCUGUUGUUGCACGCUUUUCCCGGCAGUAUGGAUUGCCAGCAGAGCUCCCCGCUGGAGUGUGUAGAAUGAAGCUUCGGGUGAGACAAAGAAAGCAGAGAUGUCGGUGCCUUUACUCAAGAUCGGGGUUGUGCUCAGCACGAUGGCCAUGAUCACCAACUGGAUGUCGCAGACGCUGCCCUCCUUGGUUGGACUUAACACCACCAAGCUGAUGGCAGCACCUGGAGGGAUACCGGACCGAAGUACCGGCGUACUGCCAGCAAACCCUGAGGAGUCAUGGCAGGUGUACAGCUCGGCUCAGGACAGCGAGGGCAGGUGUAUCUGCACCGUAGUGGCUCCCCAGCAGACCAUGUGCUCACGAGAUGCCAGGACCAAACAGCUGAGGCAGCUGCUGGAGAAAGUUCAGAAUAUGACACAGUCCAUCCAGGUGUUGGACCAGCGGACCCAGAGAGACCUCCAGUAUGUGGAAAAGAUGGAGAUCCAGUUACGAGGCCUGGAGACCAAGUUCCGGCAGGUGGAAGAAAGCCACAAGCAGAAUAUUGCCAAGCAAUAUAAGGCAAUAAAAGCGAAAAUGGAGGAACUUAGGCCAUUGAUACCAGUGUUGGAGGAGUACAAGGCCGAUGCCAAAUUGGUAUUACAGUUUAAGGAGGAAGUCCAGAAUCUGACGUCAGUUCUAAACGAACUUCAGGAGGAGAUGGGAGCCUAUGACUACGAGGAGCUACAGAACAGAGUGUCAAAUCUUGAGGAGAGGCUCCGAGCAUGCAUGCAAAAAUUAGCUUGUGGUAAGCUAACGGGAAUAAGCGAGCCGGUUACCAUCAAAACGUCCGGAUCGAGGUUUGGCUCUUGGAUGACGGACCCUCUGGCACCUGAGGGAGACACCAGGGUCUGGUACAUGGACGGCUACCACAACAACCGCUUUGUACGGGAAUACAGGUCAAUGGCCGACUUCAUGACGUCUGACAAUUUCACUUCGCAUCGCCUCCCUCAUCCCUGGUCCGGUACAGGCCAAGUUGUCUACAACGGCUCCAUCUACUUCAACAAGUUUCAGAGUCACAUCAUCAUCAAGUACGACUUCAAGACCUCCUCGAUCAGCAAGUCACGCCCCCUGGAGUACGCUGGCUACAAUAACAUGUAUCAUUACUCGUGGGGUGGCCACUCCGACAUCGACCUGAUGGUGGACGAGGGAGGCCUCUGGGCCGUGUAUGCCACCAAUCAGAACGCGGGGAACAUCGUCAUCAGCAAGCUGAAUCCCAACACCCUGAAUAUUAUCAAGAGCUGGACCACCAACCAUCCCAAGAGGAGCGCUGGGGAGGCGUUCAUGAUCUGUGGCACGCUCUACGUCACCAACGGCUACUCUGGGGGGACUAAGGUUUACUAUGCCUUCCACACCAACUCGUCCACUUAUGAGUACAUCGACAUACCUUUCCAGAACAAGUAUUCACACAUCUCCAUGUUGGACUACAACCCCAAGGACCGAGUCCUCUAUGCAUGGAACAACGGUCACCAGGUGCUGUACAACAUCACCUUGUUCCAUGUCAUCCGCUCUGAUGAGUUGUAGAUGCUCAGUAAAAGACCUUCUGUAUCACAUGAUGCUUAAGCGUGGUGGAUGCGCUACACUACAGAGAAGUAGGAUGACGUCAUAAAAAAAAAAACUAUUUACAGAAGUGUAGUAUGUAUAGAGUGAAUAUAGAAAAUAAGGACAAGAUAAAAGGUCACGCCUUUUUUAAAAAAAAGCAAAUACUAACCUAUGGGAUUCUUACGGUCUGUGGAGGGUGUUCCCGGAGCGUUACCUCUUCGCGAUCUUUGUAUCGCACAUUAAUUGUGGAGGCUGGUAUUUGGAAGUGGAAUGUUCUUGCUCCAGGUGGGUAGAGUGAUGAGUCAUGUGGCUAGAAGAAUAUAAUAUCAAGAAUGCAAUCCCAUCAUAUACUUUUUAUCAAUAAUAUAAUAUAUAUAAAUAUAUAUAUAUAUAUAUAUACAUAAACAUCUGUUAAAAAAAUGAAGGCAUUGACUGUUGGAAGCACCAUGAUUUAAAAUUCUAGUCUCUGUGAUUGUAUGUGGAUCUCUGCUUUUACCUACUUUCUUUUGCAUGGGCUUUUAUAUCACCAGGGUCCACACUUAUGGGUGUAUUUUGCUAUUUGAUUCUGUAUAACUAAAAGGGGCUAGUUUAGGAGUAUGGUGAAAAACAUCAUCAUUUAUUUAUUUAUUUAUUUAUUUCCCCCCCCUCAUUCUCGUCUUUUGGGUUGACUCAGUUUUGUAAUCGUAUCACAUUAGUGUUGGUAUCGAUGUAACUGUGCUUAUUAUGUCUUUGUUAGGUUGGACUGUGCUGAAAGAAUAUAUCUAGAUCAUAUAUUUCUGUCUAGCAAAAAUUAUCACAAGAGAAUGUAUCGAGCGACGUAUUUACGAGGCAGUGAUAUGCACGCUGUCUCCUCCUUUAGCUUGACUUCACGAGUCUGCAGUCUUUGUUUCCUAGCAGAGAUAAGUGGAGGCAUCCUCCUCUGUUGCGCUUUUCUGGAUGUGUGUUGUACCUGCUAUGAGAUAGUUUGUACUAAUAAAAACGGGAUUGUUGUUCUAUGCCAA